AACAGUGGUCUCCGCUGACGCCGCCGAUAGCAUUUGCGAAUUCGUGAAACAGUGGUCUCCGCGUUACAAAUCGGAGAUUAGAAAUCUAACAUAGAAACACGGGUACUGUACUAGAUGUAUGCAAGAGGCUUUAGAUACUUUAUAUACACACAGUGACCGUCUAUAGACCGUUUAUAACAAUAUUUUCAUACAAACUAGCAGUCUCAUACUUGUUCAGUCGCCAUGACUGACGAAACUAAACAGCCUGGGCAAUUGCUGGAGGUCGCCCCCGCUAUUGCGGCGACUCUAGAAGACGAGGACGUUAUGACCCCGGAAGUAGUAGCCGAGUUACAAUCCAUACAGAAAGCGCUGCAGGUUAUGCAGGCUGGUAUCGAUUCCGAGGGCAAUGAUUCCGAUUUAAAAAUGGCAAACGCACAGAAAGAACUUGACCAGGCAAUCACAGACAUCGACAGAUUGAAACUUAAAAUUGGGUCGAAAGAGAAGAAACUACGGGAACAAACGGAACUGCUUGAGAAACGCGGCAGCGGCAGUAAAAGUGUGGUCAAAUUCGGUCGAAGUAAACCCAAAAAAUACGAGGAAUCGUUCGACAAGGCACAAAUGGAGGUUGCUAUGCUGCAGUCGCAGCUAGAUCAAGUUGCGGCGAAGAAACUGGCGAAAGAGCGUAUGCUGAAAAUAUCCGAGCUGACCCGACCAGAGAAACAGAUAGAAUCGCUCGAGGAAAGGCGAGAGACUCUGCUGUUACAACUAGCACCCCACAACGACAAUGUGCUGCAGUUAGCCGACACACGCGAGUCUUACAACCAGGCCAAGGCGAAGGUGGAUGAUCUGGAGAUGGCGGAGAAGCUGCUGGUGCGCGCGUUGACCCUGUCCAAGCGUGCCGGAGCGUAUAUGGAACAGCACAUACGUCUGAGCAUGACUCAGGGGGCAGCUAACGCUACGCAUAGUAUAAGUAAGAAAGCGGAUGUGGCCUUUCUGGCGGCCAACACAGCCAGUAUAAGCUCACUCUCUGGGUCGAUCCACGACUUACGAGCGGCGAGACAGGAGGCGAACCAAACCGACGGCCAGCCUAAGAAGACGGACUCUCCGGGUGACCGUUUUACCCUGGAGAGUGGGGCGAGUGUGCCCACCUUGGCGGCGGAUAAAGCUCACGAUGCAGCGCAGCACUACAGGAAAGCGGUACAGUUUAACUUUGACGGGGGAGUCAGGGCGUUGCACAAGGUGCAAACAUUGUAUGCCGAGGCGGAGGAGAGGUUAACUCGCUCAGGGUGUAUGGGUGAAGGUGUACUGCACCCGGGGUUGGUACAAAAUCUAUUGGAUACCGGACUCAAAAGUUUAGACAGGAGCCUGGCUGUGCGAGAGAAACGUGAGGAGGAGAUGCUGAGAAAAGCGGCUGUCAUGGUACCACCGGUGGCGUAUAAGGGAAAAGCCAAAGAGUCAGAUAACAGUACCAGUAACAAGGUGGCCACGGGAAAGGGUAAGAGACCGUCUAUGCAGGUAGCCGUGGCACCCGAGGCUGCCCCAGGAUUCGAUGCGGAGCGGGAUUUAGGUCACCUGUUCCCGAGUGUGGUGGUGGAUUCCCCCAGGAAUAAACUCACAACCAAGUUUAUGAAGGGCCAUCGCCGGGCCAGGAGUGAUAUCGGCGAAGGUGUUAAAGAUCUGGUCAUGCCGGCCACGCCUACGCUGCCGCUGACAUCGGAAUCCAAUCCCGAUCUGACCACAUCCUUCGGAUUUGUAGUCCUGCCCGAGACCGAGGCCGGCCCUGCCGCAAAGGACUCGGGGUCCAAAGACAGGCCCAAGUCCGACACGGCCAGUAAAAAGCGAGCCAGCCGGAGCUUGACUGAUGCCAGUGCUCUGCCCCGCACUCAGGCGGCGGUGCUGAUGAGCUCCAACAUGGGCGACAAGGAGCGCUCGUCGGCGUCACACAACACACUGUCGCUCCCCGAGACGGCCACGCCGCCUAUGGUCAGUGUCUCGGGCUUCAACGAGACGCACACACACGGUGUGAUACCCGAGGUGGAUGAGAUGGGCCAGAGUGGGGGCCCCGUGGGGGCCAAAAUGGGGGCCAAAGCACGGCCAUCCGGCAGCGGCGGUGCGGGUGCGCAGCGCAUGGCCGCUACGGCCAGCCUGCCCGCGGGCAGUGGCAAGAGGCGUAGCUCAGUCCUAAACCCCGCGGAUGCGGGACAGGACCAGAGGCAGGACGCGGGACAGGGACACCGGCGCAGCACCAGUGCGUCGCCUCAGGCAGAUACCCCCAGUCCACGCCGGUCUAUGGGCAGCGUGAGUGGGAGUGUAUCGAAUGCGGUGAUUGGGGAGGGUAUGGCGGCUGUAGUGGCCAUGCAGCCUGCGCUCGAGAAGGAGCUCGAACGGGUGCGCAGCGCACUGGCUAUAGAGCGAGCGAAGCUGCAGGAACUACAACCCACGUACCAGAGGAGACGGAGUACGCUGAUGCAUGCGGUCGCCGAGGAGGUUAUACGCAAGCAGUCGAUGACUAAGCAGUGAAAUGUGGAUGGCUGCAUAGGCAUGGGGCGUAUUGCGGGGGAGGGGGGAAUAUAGUAGAUGGGAUAUGGAAAUGCAAACGUAUACAGGUACGCACAUCGGGAUACGGAAUUUAUCGUACCCCCUGAAUGAAAGUAGAUUUAUAUAUACACAGGUGCAUACAGACAAUACGAAGUAAUGUAUUACUUGCGAAUAACAAAAAAUACCACGAUUUACUGCAACGAACAACAGUACAACGCACCCCACCGCUACAAAGCAACAGAAGAUUGUAUGUACAGAUUAAUACUGAAGUGUAGUGACAACUAGGUAGGGUGCCUACGAACGAUGACUAGUCUGAGUAGGUUUGUAUUAUGUUCGGUUAUCAGUUGGAAGAUAUGAUGGCUAUACAAAUAUACUGUGUUUCUGAAUCACUGGAACUGAGCCACUUCGAUAUGAUCUGACUAAAUCCGCUAUCUAUCAGAUAUGAAUUCUACUUGUGAGGUCAAAAUCGACACUUCCGCAUCGCACAUGCCACUCACGCGGAACUUCAUUCCGGCUGGCUUCCAUUUGAAACUAAUAUUUAUUAAAGUGGUACAUUGACACUAACUAGUUUUAUCAUCUACGAGAGAUUACUUUUCUUCUUUCGCUUCUUGGAGCGGGUC